AUGGCUUGUAAAAUGGAAAAAGUAGAUGAUACUAUUGCUGAGAAUGUUAAUAAGUGGGUGCUAAAUUAUAUUAAGAGGCAUGGUGGUCCCUAUGAAAUUCCAGCAGAAUAUAAACAAUCAUGGGAACUAAUGCAGAAGUUUUUAGAAAAAACUUUAUUUGAUAAAAAGGUUUCAGAGAACAAAAGAAAAGGGUGUAUUUUGCAAGGUUUGCUGUCAUGUUGUGUAAAACUAGAAGAAAAUGGUAAAGUGAAAGAAAAUGAAAUGUCACAGCUUAAUGCAACAAUGGUGGUAAAAUCUGAGAGCUAUGAUAAAUCAUGUAAUGAACUGAAUGAUAAUAUUGUGGAUUUAAGAGUGCAUGCAGUUGCAACUAGUGAAGCAUUGAUUGAAAAAGCAAAGUGGUGUGACAUGUUAACAAAAGAGAAUGAAAGGUUGAAAGAGAGAUCUUUGGAGCUUGAAAGGGAAGUUGAUGAAUGUAGACAUGCAACUAAUAUGGCAUUUAAUAGAAUGGCAGAAAGCAUGGCUCCUUGGAAUAGGUCUCCUUCACCUAAAAUUCCUGUGUCUGUUAGUAAUUCGGGAAUUAGAGAUGCAGGAUACAAGACUAUUUAUCCAUGGGAAGAUCUUAAACAAGCAAUAGUAACAACUCUCCCUGCUGCCCCAACCACAACAACUACUGUGCUGAACCAUGAUAAUACUGGGGAGGUGCAGUUAGUAACUAAACACUUAAAGCCACAGGAAAUGGAUGCCAUAGUAAGGGAAAUUGGUCAGAUUCCACAGCAUGAUAUUAAUCGUUUUUUACAGUGGUUUUGUAAUUUUCAAAGAGUGAAAGAAGAGAUUAGAGAUGAAAUAUUAUCUGUAACCCCAGAUCCAUCAGAAAUGUGUGACAUUCUAUUGAGAGCUGAUAAUUUGUGGAGAAGGAAAAUUAAAAAUGAAAGUUUUGCUGUUGAUGCUGCAAGGAUAUUCAGGGUAGAGGGACAUGAGAGGAAAGAAAGGUCUGCUUUGUAUUCACAGAAACCAUCUAGACUGAAUAGAUCACAACAUAUAGGGGGCUAUAGAGGUCAGCGAGACUUAGACAGAGAGAAGGAAAAGAGUGGUAAAAUAUUAAAACCAUGGGUACCGUUUCAUGAAAUUAAGAAUGAGAGAGAUCGCUUACAGGAAGAAUUAAAUAAAGUAAAGUGUGAAUUGGAUAAGAUCAAGAAGGCAGAGUCUAGGGUAGCUGCUGUAGAAGAUAGUCAUGUGACUCACCCAAAAAUAUCUUUUGAUUGCUAG